GGAGAGAGCUGAGCUACCAGAGAGAGGAAGAGAGAGGGAGCCUGAAAGGAGAGAGAGGAGGAAAGAAUAGAAAGAGCAUUGUGUUGCUGCUGAGAGAGAACCCAUGUCUGCACAAAGAGAGAUGAAAGAGAAGAACCUCUGGCACACGCCCGUGACCAUCAUCAUCACUGUGAUUGGUGUCAUAGCGAUUGUUGCCCUGGUGACGGUAGCCGUUUUGCAGAACAAGCCCCUCCACCAAAAGUACAAGUAUGGGAUUGUGCUGGACGCCGGCUCCUCCCACACAGCUUUGUAUAUCUACGAGUGGCCAGCAGAGAAGGAUAACAACACAGGCAGGGUUGAACAGACCCAUUCCUGCAAAGUCAAAGGUCCAGGUAUCUCCAGUUAUGCCUCGGACCCGGUGAAGGCAGGGGAGUCUCUGAGCGAGUGCAUGCAGGAGGCCCAGCUGAAAGUCCCCAAGGACCGCCACCAGGAGACCCCCCUUUACCUCGGGGCCACCGCUGGAAUGAGACUACUCAAUAUCGAGAACAGCUCGGCCUCCGACCGAGUUUUCCAGGCAGUGGGGGAAGCUCUGCAGAAGUCUCCCUUCUCCUUUCAAGGAGCCAGAAUCCUCAGCGGACAGGAAGAAGGAGCGUUCGGAUGGGUGACGGUCAACUACCUGGACGACCGACUCAGCCAGGGCCUGGAAACCACGGGGGCUCUGGACCUCGGGGGGGCGUCCACCCAGAUCAGCUUCAUAUCAGACAGCUUUGACGGUUCAGAGUCGCCCGCCAACUCUGUGACCUUCCGGCUUUAUGGAAACGACUACAACCUGUACACUCACAGCUUCCUGUGUUACGGAAAAGACCAGGUUCUCCGUCUGGUCCUCGCACACCUAACACAGUCAGGUCUAGGAAAUGUUGCAGAUCCGUGUUUCCACAGCGGUUACAUGGAGACAAAGAACUACUCGGUGCUGUACGACAGCCCCUGUGUGUCGGACAGGAAACCCAGCGGGGCCCCGGCGACCUUCACCCACAGCGGCAGAGGAGACUUCCUCCAGUGUCAGGAAAUGGUGAAGAAAGUCUUCAACUUCACCAACUGCAAAUACAGCCAGUGCUCCUUCAACGGGGUCUUCCAGCCUCUGGUGCAGGGGCCGUUCGGGGCUUUCUCUGCGUACUACUUUGUGAUGAACUUCCUCAACCUGACUGAUACGUCCAUCCCCCUGGAGGUGGUCAAGGAGAAGCUAACACGCUACUGCGCAACGCCCUGGAAUGAGAUCCAGCAGCAGCAUCCAAAAGUCAAAGUCAAGUAUUUGGCCGAGUACUGUUUUUCUGGCACGUACAUCCUCACUCUGCUGACAGAAGGAUACAACUUUACCUCAGAGAGCUACUCCGAUAUAAAAUUCAUCAAGAAGAUUAAAGGCAGCGACGCCGGCUGGACGCUGGGCUACAUGUUAAACCUGACCAACAUGAUUCCGGCCGAGGCUCCGGACACGCCCCUCCUGCCCCACGCCGGCUACGUCUCCUUCGUCACCGUCAUCGCGCUGCUCCUCUUCGUCCUCUUCAUCGUCAGCUUGCGCCCCCUGUGGCCCAGCUGCUCCAAACAGCCGCAGAUUGUAUAAAGCAGGAGGAAAGUGAAUGAGUGGGCGUGGCUGUGGAUGUGGGCCGUCCUACAACUCCACGCUGAGGUCAAAGGUCAGUGUCUGCUGCAUGGCUGUAUGGACUCCAGGACAUUUCUGAAGGACUUUUUCUGAAUGAGGACUGACUCUGUGAUUGAAGGACAGUUUUAUGUGUGAAUGAAUGUUGGGUUGUGUGUGUGUGUGUGUGUGUGUGUGUGUGUUUGUGUGAACCCACGUCACUCUGCAUGUAUGUGUCAUGAAAUAUGAUGUGAAUAUGAUAUAAAUAAAGUAACCCGAGUUUAUAUAAAACCCAGAA